CCGCGGGCAGCGCCUCUCAGGCCACCCCCGAGGGACCCCGAGGACGCACUCGGGCCCCAGGGCGACGGUUCAAACGGGCCAUUGUGCGCCCCCGGGGUUCCCCGGCCCCUGCAGGGCUACCUGGGCGCAGAGCCGCGGAGGGUCUCCGUUCCUAGACGUCCUCCUACCCUGGGCUGCCUGAGUCCUCGCCAGCAUCUGCCCUCUCCCACUCCCAUCCUUCCUGGAUCCGCCUCUCGGUUCCCGAGGGACAGUCCCGACCGCAAACCCACGUAGAGUAAGGAAUGUGGGACAGGCGACAGAAGUGGCAUACGCUCCUGCGUUAUCCCUCCGUCUCGCCACACCUUGUGUCUCCAUCUCUCCCCACUUCCUUCCCUCCGUCUGUCAUCUGUCAUCCCCGGUCGCUCUAAGACCAGGAUUCCAAUUCGCCUAGUGAGGAGUCUCACUAGGGGAAUUUAUCGCGACAUCAUAAAUUAACGGGUUCAUUUUGACUGAAAAAGCGAAGGACUUUUUUCAGGCAGAAAACAAGUCUCGUCUGGUCGCGUCUGGUCUAUUUAUUGUCGCGGGGAAGCUGCGGCCGCCUCGCACCCGGAACAACAAAGCAAGGAAGACGGAGUCCGAGCCUCGGGGGCUCCUAGCAACGGGCCGGGGCGGGAGUUCCAUGGAGACUGGGGAGCGCGCCCGUCUCAUCCUCAUCCUUGUCCUCCAGCUUCUCCUUCGCAUCCGACGCAACCGGCAGCAGCGCUGCCGCCGCGUCCUCAGCCACCGCUCCCUCUUCCCACGGAUGUGAUCUUCGUGGUGGAAAUCUAAAUUUUAAAACCACCCCAAUGGAUGCAGACAGUGAUGUUGCAUUGGACAUUCUAAUUACAAAUGUAGUCUGUGUUUUUAGAACAAGAUGUCAUUUAAACUUAAGGAAGAUUGCUUUGGAAGGAGCAAAUGUAAUUUAUAAACGUGAUGUUGGAAAAGUAUUAAUGAAGCUUAGAAAACCUAGAAUUACAGCUACAAUUUGGUCCUCAGGAAAAAUUAUUUGCACUGGAGCAACAAGUGAAGAAGAAGCUAAAUUUGGUGCCAGACGCUUAGCCCGCAGUCUGCAGAAACUAGGUUUUCAGGUAAUAUUUACAGAUUUUAAGGUUGUUAACGUUCUGGCAGUGUGUAACAUGCCAUUUGAAAUCCGUUUGCCAGAAUUCACAAAGAACAAUAGACCUCAUGCCAGUUACGAACCUGAACUUCAUCCUGCUGUGUGCUAUCGGAUAAAAUCUCUAAGAGCUACGUUACAGAUUUUUUCAACAGGAAGUAUCACAGUAACAGGGCCCAAUGUAAAGGCUGUUGCUACUGCUGUGGAACAGAUUUACCCAUUUGUGUUUGAAAGCAGGAAAGAAAUUUUAUAAUUCACCACUUAAUUGGUUAGAAUCUCUAACUGAGCACCUUUUAAACCUGCUGCACAUUGGACUCAAAAGGAAAACUGGACCAACAGUAAUUGAGGAAAUAGACUCUUUUAUUCAUUCACGGCUACAGUGUAAGCUCCAGUCCCUUUGGAUUUUAUUCCAAACCUUGCUGUAAUAUAAAAGGAAGUUUACAAGACAUGAUAUUGCUGCUUUUACAGAAGGACAUUCUAUUUAUUUUCGCAGUAAUUCUCAUGUCCCCAUAAGCAGAGCUGUCACAGUGUGCACUACCUUAGAUUGUUUUAUUGUCGUCAUUGUUAUUUUUUUCCAUUUUGAGCUAAUGUGUUUUAUUUGUGAAUAGUCUUUUACAUUUUUGUAUGCUGAAUAUGGGCACCAAAGAACCUGUAAAAGUUAUCUUUUUCAAUUGAAUGUGCACAAAUAAAAGUUUGGAAAAGA